UUAAUAUCGCUGAACUAGAAACAAAGUAGGUACUUAAUUAUUACAUCUCGGAUUCAUCUACAUAUGAUACCUAUGAAUAGAAAGGAUUUCAAUCUUAUUACCUCCUUUUCAUAAUAUUUUCCUUUCAUUCUCAUCGCAUGAUUUGACUGCCACCUAUCAUCUCAAUACUUCAUUGUCCUUGGGAUAGCAGCCACAUCUUUUCUUACUCUCGGACGUAAACAUCGCGUCUCGAAACCAUUGCAAUAGAAAUCUUGCUCGUCCUGCCAUAAUUCUAUACACUCAGGCAAUACAGGGGCCCACCCAUUGGCCAUUAACGCCGGUGCAAAUAUGUUCACCAUGAAUGGUGGUCGUCUGGCCUUCGUGGCCGCUUCUGGAAUCGCCUUAUUUGCAAAAGGAACGAAUGCACACGGGGGAGAUAUGUCGAAAAUUCAAGACGGAGAUGCUAUGAGCAUAGAACCUAUCGUACGUCCAUUGCCAAAUAUCAAAGGACGAAUCAGUGAAUGCUAAUAAUUACGAUACUGUAGGAUUCGACAUUGUGGAUUCAUAUUUUGCUGCAGAUGUUGGCCUUUGGCAUUAUCUUUCCGACCGGAAUGGUUCUUGGAGUAGGCGACAAAGAGGGAAAUGAAUUAUUUCGGUAUGCUAAUAAGGUCAUAGAUUGUUCGAAAUAGAUGGCAUGUGCCCGUCCAAAUAUUAGGAACAGUUAUCGCAGUGGUGGGAUACUUCUUGGGGCAUCUCCAUGGAGGACGAGUUUUUGCGAAGAACAUUCAUUCAGCUUUCGCCAAUAUCCUGAUGCUUAUGCUUGCCGUUCAGGUCGUUUUCGGUAUCUACCUCAAGUUCCACAUCACCAAAGGUUUUCACGGAAAGAUUCGAAAAGUUGCGGUUCAUGGUCAUGGUAUUGUUGGAAAGGCGAUGCCAGUCGUAGCUUGGGUACAAAUGCUUUUCGGUGGCAUUGCAGCUUUGGGUUUCUGCCGUGAUGAUCAUCUUGGCCAAUGUCUUGCACACUUCAUCAUGGGUAGUGCAUUUAUUGGCUAUGGUAUCCUGCUAACGAUUGUUAUGCUUGUCGGACAAGUUUGGCUGAGAAAAACCGGACGAUCCCAAGAAUUCUUCGAUUCGGCAGUUAUUGCAGCUUGGGGUUGUGUCAACACUUUCACGGAACAUAGAUGGGGUGGUGCUUGGGUUGCAAAUGAUAUUCAACACACUACUAUGGGAGUAAUCUGGUGGGCUGCUGGUCUAACAGGAGUUUGGUUGAGCAGAAAGAGAGAUGGAUCCCCAAAGAGAAAUUUUAUUCCUGGAUUUGUCAUCUUCAUCACUGGAUGGGCUAUGUCUGGUCACCCACAACAUCUUCCACUCAGUACGAUGGUUCACAGCGUUUUUGGAUAUACUUUGAUGGCUGCUGGACUUUCAAGAAUCAUUGAAAUUGGAUUUCUCUUGAGGGACAAGGCUACACUCUCUGAGGAUGGUGACGUUAACAGCUUCCAAUAUGUCCCACCAUUUGUAAGUUCUUCUUUUCAGGAUCCGAUGACUAUGGGCUAAUAAUUAUAGUUACUUUACGCAUCAGGUUUCUUGUUCAUGGGAGCUACCGAAGAACAAAUGAAACUUAUCUCGGAUGCAGGAAUCACUCACGUAUCCUACGUACUUGUGUUGUACAGUUUCGCCUUCCUCAUUUUCUUAUUAACCAACGUAUUGGUUCAUAUCUAUGCAGUCAACACCAGCGCGCCUCCAGUACCUCCAAAGGAUGGGGAAGGAGUUCCAGCCAGGAUCCCACGUAUGAAUGGACACACUCAUACAGAUUCAAGGCAGAUUCGUGAUGCGGAAGAGUUUGAAUUAGAGGGACUGAUGAGUGAUGAUGAAUCGCCAGAGAGCCCGAGCACUUUAGGAAAGAAUAAUGAGGCUCGAGUAGCUUAAUUAGUUUCAUUUGUCUAUUUAUUUUGUGAAUGGUAAAUUAAAACGCCGGGAGGUUGCUUUCAUGUUUCCGUUUUUUUUCUAUAUCUAGUCUAUUGGGGUAUCAUAUGCAUCAGCGGGCGUCUCUCUUUUGUUACAAGAAUUGUACAGAAUCCAAUGAAUAAGAUCUUCAGUGCAACCAACCCA